CAUCUCCAUCUCCAUCUUCUUCCUCUCUCUCUCUCUCUCUCUACGUUCCAUCACUGCACUUUCACUCUCACUGGCCAUUUUUCUCUCCUUUAUAUCAACCCCAUACUCCUCAAUCUCACUCUGCUCACUUCCUACAUUCUCUGUUCAUAUAGGGUUGCUGGAUAACGCCGCAAUUGUUUGCAGGCGGUGAAGAAAUCAGAAAAAUGGAUCCGCCAUUGGUAAACGAGGCAUCCUUCACUGCGGCGUCGAAUCCGUCGUCGUACAGCCUUGCUGGACUGUUGUCGUUCCCGACAAGUGUCGGGGAAGGCGGAGUGUUGGGGCUUAGAAUGGGGAGUUUGGGCGGCGGAGGAGGCAGAGGAGAUGGCUCGUUGGAGGAGUCGACGGUGACGGAGCACAGCGGGAAUGGGAAUGGGAAGAGGAGGAGAGAUUCUAGAACCUCCUGCGACGAUAAUAGCUCUUCCAAGCUCGUCUCCACCAGCAGCGCUAAUCACGAUUUGAACGAGCUGGAUCUCAAACGGAUGAAGCCGUCAGGAUCGAAAUCGGAAGCUGAAGCUAAUUCAGGGACGAAUUCGAAGCCGAUUGAGGAGAAGACCAAACCAGAGCCACCAAAGGACUACAUUCAUGUCAGAGCACGAAGGGGACAGGCAACUGAUAGCCAUAGUCUUGCUGAAAGAGCUCGGAGGGAGAAGAUCAGCGAGAGGAUGAAAAUCCUUCAGGAUUUGGUUCCGGGAUGUAACAAGGUCAUCGGAAAAGCUCUUGUUCUUGAUGAAAUCAUCAAUUAUAUUCAGUCGCUGCAGCACCAAGUCGAGUUUUUGUCGAUGAAGCUUGAAGCCGUUAAUUCGAGGCUGACUCCUGCAGUCGAAGGGUUUCCUCCUUCCAAAGAUCUAGCGCCGCCGCCGUUUGAUCCCAGCGGAUUGAUAUUCGGGCCACAAACGCCGAGGGAUUUUGCCCGGGGAUCGCAAGCAGAGUGGCUCCAAAUGCACAUCGGCAGUGGCUUCGAAAGAUCGUCGUGACCCCACCGACGCCGAAAACUCGGAAAAAUAUAUUCUGGUAUGAAGGCAGGAUCCUUAGAAGUUGAUUUAGCAGAGCAGAGGAUAUAACAUUGGAUAGGUUGGUUAUGUAUUGUCGUAAUUUUAAGCAGUCUUCUUGUAAGAAGAGUAGUUUGCUGUUAUUCCAAAUAUAUUAUGCUUUUUUAGAAAAAAAGAAUUAUUUAAAAAAAACUAAUUUGUAAGAACGGUGCUGAAAUUCUGUGACAUUUUUAUGUGCAAAAUUGAUAUGUGUUAGGGUAAA